AUCAUAGGGUCGCUGCACGCCAUGGACGGACACCAGGACAGUCCUUUCCGCCGGUUCACCGAGCUGUCCCAUCAGUACGGGCCCGUCUUCGCCAUGACCAUGGGAUCGAUGCCGUGCGUGGUCGUCAACGAUUACGAUUCCAUCAAGGAAGUACUCAUCACCAAUGGUUCUAAGUUUGGCGGCCGGCCUGACUUUACGCGGUACAAUGCGCUGUUCGCCGGAGACCGAAACAAUUCACUGGCUCUAUGUGAUUGGUCGUCGCUUCAAGAGACCAGACGGAAGAUAGCUCGGACGUAUUGUUCCCCGAAAGUGUAUUCAUCCAACUAUUGUCUGCUGGACUCUAUUUCAUCCAAUGAGCUGGACGUGUUUUUGGACUCGUUGGCCACAGUCAGCGUCCGGGGUUCUGAGUGCGAGGUACAAUUGAAGCAGUUGUUGUUAAUGGCCAGUGCAAACAUGUUCAUCCGGUUCAUGUGUUCGACGCAAUUCGAGUACGGCGACCCUGAGUUCCAGAACAUGGUCCGGACGUAUGACGAGAUAUUCUGGGACAUCAACCAUGGUUACGCCGUGGACUUUUUGCCAUGGCUGAAGCCGUUUUAUGCGGGUCACAUGCGAAAGCUGUCCAAAUGGUCGACGCAAAUCAGACAGUUCAUAAUGGACAUGGUUGUGUCAAAGAGGAGCAGUUACGCAAAGGCUGUGGCCGCGGCGUUAGACGGCGCUAGUGACCAAAGUCGUGAAAACAAUGACUACGCUGCCGAUGACGACGACGUCGACGAGCAGGAACCAACAGACUUCACAGAUGCCUUGCUUAUGAGCCUACGCAAGGAGCCUGGGCUCAAAAUGAACCACGUAUUGUUCGAAUUGGAAGAUUUUAUCGGCGGUCAUUCGGCCGUCGGCAACAUGGUCAUGCUCGCACUGUCUAUGGUAGCUACCAGACCACACGUGGCCCAAGCAAUCCGAGAUGAAGCCGAACAAGUCACCGGUGGCCAACGUUUGGCCUGCCUUUACGAUAAGCCGGACAUGCCGUACACCGAAGCAACUCUGUUGGAAACUCUGCGCUUCAUUUCGUCACCAAUCGUCCCCCACGUGGCGACUGAGGAUACUACCAUCAAAGGAUUCAAAAUAUCGAAAGACACGUGCAUAAUCAUAAACAACUACGAAAUAAACACCAGUCCUGCGUACUGGGACAACCCGGAAGUGUUCGAUCCCAAUCGUUUCGUUCACCGCAAAUUCGGCGCAAAGCCGUGCAUCCGAAAACCGGAAUACUUUCUGCCGUUCAGCACUGGCAAAAGGACGUGCAUUGGACAGCAAUUGGUUUCCGGGUUCGGGUUCGUACUGCUCGCCGGCGUACUUCAGAGGUACGAAGUAAAGGCCACUGCUGAAUUGGCGAUACCUGAGGCGCGUAUGGCUCUACCACCCGACACGUACCCUCUGAUAUUGAAACCUCUCGACGGAUCUCGAUAGAAUCGGAUGUCGAAUAUAAAUAUCAUACAAUCCAUAGGCACAAAUUGGUGGGGGCUUGGAGGUGCUAAGCCCCUCCAAACUUAGCCGUAGUCCCCCCAAAAAACCUAGGACAUACAA